CCGGCCCGCGCCCCCUCCCCGCCCGGCCCCCCACCUGGCGUCCCGCCGCUGAAAGAACUUGCCGGAGUUGUUUCUCUCUCCCCCCCUAGGCUUGUUGGGGGGGGGAGAGUUUCUUUUCCAGAACUGCCUCCCCUUUUCCUUUCCCAAACAAAAGUCUUGGAGGACUCCAGACGUCCCCCCCUGUAUCUCCUAGAACUUUGGGAAGGGUGUCAUUUGGGGUCCUUGUUCCUCUCCUUGAGCCUCUCCCCCAUUUUUGCCAAGAAGACCCCCCCUCUUUCAACCCCCCCUCAGCUCUUCAUGAUGAUCCUUUAGCAGCCUGGAGUGAUUCAACUUUCACUCCUUUUGGGGGGAGGGACGGGGGCCCUUUCCACCUUCAGCCCCCUAACCCGGUCCCUCUGUGCUUGGCUGGUGAAUCAACCAUUAACUCCUUCCCCGCCCCCCCCCCCGUCGCCUUCACUUCGCCUUCCCUCCCUCCGAAAUUUCGCCUUUAUUAUUAUUAUUUUUUGCAGCGAUUCAGGGGGACGGGAACCAGAAGAGGAGUAAAUCGUCAAUAGUCAUCAUUGAUCAUCAUCUUGCUGUUGCCUGCCUUGUCUGGAGGGAGUGCGCCAGCAGCCCGCCUCUGGCCAGAGCCGUGCGAUCGCCCCUCCUGCCACACACACAGCCUGGGGCGCUAUGGCCAUGGUGACUGGGGGUUGGGGGGACCCUAACGGAGAGGCCAACGGGGUGGAGAAAGGGUACCCCCGUCACUCGGAAGACGAUUCUGCCUCCCCCCAAGGGGGCACCAGCGACCAGGAGCCGGGGGACGAAGACAAACCGGGCAUCCAAGUGGACUGUGUGGUCUGCGGGGACAAGUCCAGCGGGAAGCACUACGGGGUCUUCACCUGCGAAGGCUGCAAGAGUUUUUUCAAGCGCAGCAUCCGGAGAAACCUCAGCUACACCUGCAGGUCGAACCGAGACUGCCAGAUUGAUCAGCACCACCGCAACCAAUGCCAAUACUGCCGUCUGAAGAAGUGCUUUCGUGUUGGGAUGAGGAAAGAAGCUGUCCAGAGAGGCCGGAUCCCUCCGACUCAUUCCAGCGCCAGCCCGAACACCAUGCCCAGCGGGGAAUACUACAAUGGGCAGCCCGUCUCGGAACUGAUCUCUCAGCUGCUGCGGGCUGAGCCGUACCCCACCGCUCGCUUCAGCUCCCAAUACGCCCAGCAAGGGAGCGUGAUGGGGAUCGAUAACAUUUGCGAGUUGGCAGCCCGCCUCCUGUUCAGCACGGUGGAGUGGGCCCGGAACAUCCCUUUUUUCCCUGACCUGCCCGUCUCGGAUCAGGUGGCCUUGCUGCGCCUGAGCUGGAGCGAGCUUUUUGUCCUCAAUGCCGCCCAGUCUGCACUGCCCCUCCACAUGGCUCCGUUGUUGGCGGCUGCCGGCUUCCACGCCGCCCCCAUGUCGGCCGACCGCGUGGUCUCCUUCAUGGACCAGAUCCGCAUUUUCCAGGACCAAGUGGAGAAGCUCAACCGGCUGCAGGUGGACUCAGCGGAGUACAGCUGCCUCAAAGCUAUCGCCCUCUUCACGCCCGACGCCUGCGGCCUCUCGGACCCCGCGCACGUGGAGAGCCUUCAGGAGAAAGCUCAGGUUGCUCUGACGGAGUACGUCCGUUCGCAGUACCCUUCCCAGCCGCAGCGAUUCGGCAGACUCUUGCUCCGCCUCCCAGCCCUGCGGGCCGUCCCAGCAUCCCUCAUUUCUCAGCUCUUCUUCAUGAGACUGGUUGGGAAGACGCCCAUUGAGACCCUCAUCAGAGACAUGCUCCUUUCCGGCAGCACCUUUAACUGGCCUUACGGGACGGGGCAGUGAGGAGAUGCAGAGCGCACGGGGGGGAUGCACAUAUGUGUACGUGCGCCUGUAUCCUGGACCGACCGCCCCGGCGAUUCUCACGGCCGCUGUAUCGACAGCCCAAAUGUCCACGGCCUCCCCAGAUCGAGGCUUUGAACUUCGUGCAAUUUUUUUUAUUUUGGGCGGUCCGCCCUUUGGGUAGGUGGGCUUCCUCUCUGCGGUAACGAGGGAUGGCUGCCCCCCUCUGCCCCCAACAGAGACGGCUGCCCCCCCCCCGCCCCCAACAGAGACAAGAGGUGGGAUGGGGUGCGAUUUGGAAGGGUUUUUUUAAUUUUUUGUUUUUUGUUCCUUUCCUCCUUCCAUUGGCGGGGCAAAAAAAAUAAGAAAUGUUAAUCUUCUUUGUUUCCUUCUGGUUUUAAUUCCUGUCCCCGUGCCAUGCUUCAAGUGAAUGGUAUGUGCCCCUGUGGCUUUGCGGAGGGCUUCUGCCGCCCCGCCCUCUACCACUGAUUCUUUCUUUCAGAUCAGAGAGUCUAGAUAGAUGAUUUCUCUCCUUCUUCAACCCACCCAGCUUCCCAUUUUGCCUCCCCCACCAACAUUUCUCUAGAUCAGGGGUUCCCAAACUGGGGCCCGCGAGCUUCAUUUGGGGGGUCCGCGGCAUCUCUGCAUGAAACGUCCGUGUGGAUUUUUAAUUGCGUUUUCAGUGCUUCUUUUUUUCACCCUUGUAUCUUGCUGUAUUGCUGUUUUGAAUUCCGCGGAGGGCAGCGCGUGCAAGAAAUUAAAGAAGCGGCAAAAAAGCAAUUGAAAAUCGUACAGCGCAUACCACCGUCGCUGGAACAGGCGGAGAAAUCGUUAAAAGAGGUCCCCCUCGGCAGGCUUGGGAAUGCCUGGCCUAGAGCAUCUUCCCUGACUCGGGAAGAUGUCCAUCAGCCCCAGCCAGCAUGACCAAUGGUUAGGGGCGACGGGGAUCAGAAUCUUGGAGAAUUUAGUCCCUGCUGCCAGCAAAAAAACUUGCUGGCAAGGCACGCUGUUUUGCAAGCUGUUUGUGUCUUGCUGCAUGGAGAUCUUCGGGGAUACAGUCACAGAGAGAGGUCUUAAACUUUCUUGGGAUGGGACAAGAACUGGAGCAAGGGGGGAGGCGUUAAAGCGCUUUCCAAGCUGCUGUCUAAACUCCCAGCCGUUCAGCUGGAAGCCAACACAUGCCGCGGGAUAAAGGAAUUUCCUUUCCCUCAAACGGAGAGUGCCUGCAGGCCGCUUGUUCAGUCCCCAGCAUCUCCCAUUCAAAGGAUCGUAGAAAGACCCAGGCCGUUGCUGCCUGGAUGGUCUUGACUUGGUAUUAGGCCGUUUCCCAUCUUUUUAAAUCCCUUCAGAAACACGGGGGGCUUGAAUCUGGCUUCCCUUCCAGGCGAAGGAGCGUUGCCCCAUGUGCACCCCAGCUUAAAAACAUAGGAGGAGCCUCGUGCAAAAGAGCCUUAGCUCUCAGGGGUGCCUUGCAUGCAGAAGGUCCCAGGUUGGAACCCCUGCGUCUCCAGGUAGGGCUGGAGAAAGGCUCCCUGGCCUAAAACCCUGGAGAGCCUCUGCCAGCCCGUGUAAGGCAACACCGAGCUGGAUGAGUCAGCUGUUUAAAUCAGCUCUGUAUGUAGAUCCAUGAGGACUGGAAACAUAUGCUUCAGGGGUAGCUCAGGGGCAGCACGCAGAAGGACCCAGGUAUAAUCGGUGGUAUCUCAAACAGGAGGGGCUGUGAACUGCCUCUUCCUGGGGCCUCUCUGCUGGGCUGGAUGAACGGGUCGCUUCACGCGUAAGUGACUUGAACAACAACCUAGCAGAGGUGGAUGCAGUUUGAUUGCAGGUUCUCUUUCUCCACCCCCCCACCAUCCCUCAAGGUUGAGGUCCACAUUUCAACAUAUUCCCACCCCACCCCGGUUUCUCCCACCACCCCCCAGUUUGUGGAGAUUCUAUGCAAAAUGGUUAACUGCAUGCGAUUUGAAAUAUACACAUGAAUUAAAAAUUGUGCUCUUCCUCCUUUUGCUACGGGCUUCCAAGCGUUCUUGGCCUGUGGGUCGGUUUGACUGAAAACUCUGCUGCUAUUUCUUCAGGCUUUUUGCUUCCCUGUUCGGUUUGCAAAUCUCCAUGUCUGGUCUGUUGUGCGUUUGUGCAGUCCUCAUAAGGACCCUGCGAUGCAAGUCGCCAUUCAACCCAUUUUACGGAUGGGGGAAAGCUGAGGCCAGCAGGCUGACUUUGCCUAAAGCCCCAGCCCCCUCUGUAUAAGUCUGUGGGAGUGAUGGGACUCAAACUCAGGUCUCCCAGAUCCAAAGUACUGGUUGUAAUCUAUGCAAACUCCUCCCCCCCAAAAAAAUCUGCAUCAAGGAAAUUCAGAUUCUGCGCUCGGAAUAAAAUUACACUUUAUAAAAAAAAAAAGUUUAAAAAAUCGAAUGCUGCUUUUUAUUUUAAUCCGGUUGUACGAUGUGGGUUCCUGGCUUGUUGCACACGGAGAAAUUAGGUUUGCCACUGGUUUCUUGAGAUAGAUGGGAUGUAAAUAAAUCUAGCCUCUCUCCUUUUCAUAAGAGCCCUGCCAGACCAGAAAUGAGCUGGGUUACUAAUCUAAUGUGGCAUCUGAGCUGCAGGGGCCAAUCAGAGCCUCCUGAGAAGGCCAUGAAGCAAGGCACCUGGGCAACAGCUGUUUCCCACAGCUUCGGGUAUUUGGAGGUAGACUGCUGCUCAGCCUGGGGGCUCCAUUCAACUACCUUGGGUAAGACCUUUUUGCUACACCGAUCCUCCUCUUUGGAUUUUUCCAAUCCUCUUUAAAAUCCAUGUAUGCUUUUAAUAGGAACGGCCAUAGUUCAGUGCCGGAAGUUCCCAAGUUCAAUUCCCAGCAUCUCCACCUGCGGUUACCAGCAAGGCGCUGGUAUUCAGUGUGGUCAGUCAUGGGCCAAUGAAUCUGACUCCGGAUAAGACAUCUUCCUGUGUUUUUGUUUGAACCAACCCUUUAUUCAGAGCCAUGAGGACUAGAAUCUUACUUUCUCUUCAGGGAAAAGUCCCUUGGUAGAGCAAUUGUGUUGUAGGCAGAAGGCCGCAGGUUCAGUCCUUGGGGUCUCCAGGUAGGCUGGGGAAGAUGCCCUGUCUAAAAAACUGGAGAGCUGCUGCCGGUCAGUGUAGUCAAGGCUGAGCUAGACGGUCUGACUCUAUAUAAGGCAGCUUCCCGUGUUCUUGUUUAAGUCAACAGUUGAUUCAUAACCCCGAGGACUGGAAUCUUGCUCUAUUUUUAGUGAAUGGACAAUAGCUCCACAGUAGAGUGCUUAUUUUGAAUGCAAAAGGAUAAACUUGCUUUUUUCCUAAAAAAAAGAAAGAAAGCUGGGAAUCUGGGACCAUGGUUCAUUGGAGGGGUGCAAUUGCACCCCAUUCUCUCCCCCUGCCGCUGACACCCAUGGACUCCUGCCCUAAAACCCUGGAGAGCCACUGCCAGUCAGUGUAGACAAGACUGAGCUAGAUAUAUCUGACUCGGUAUAAAGAAGUUCCCCCAGCCCUUUAUUCAGGGACCAUGGGGACUAGAAUCUUACUUUUACUUUUUAGGGGAAGCACUGUAGUUUGAUAGUGUUGCUUCAGCGGUAGAGCCCCGGGGUUCAAUCUCCAGGCAAGGAAAAUCCCAGCUGCUGCCAGUCAGUCCUGAGCGAGACAGAUCAGUGUUUUGAUUUGGUUACAAGACAGCUCUCUACAUUCCCUCGAUGAAUGUGUUUUUGUCCUCUUUCUUUUGUCCUGUUCCCCAUAAAGACUAGGAAUCCGGAGGUCACCCCACUGAAAGCGAUGGACAGUCAGUUCAGGGCAGAUCAGAGGAAGUUGCCCUUCUUUGCACAGUGCUAAAUUAAAUUAUGGAACUCUCUCUGCCCCCAAGAUAUGAUGACAACAGUUGGCUUGGGUAAAACAAAUCUCCGGCCUGUUGCUUCUGAGGGCUAGAGUCUCCAGAUCAGGGGCAGUCUACCUCUGAAUAUGAGCCGGUGGGGAGAAGGUGCUUGCCGUUGUGGUGUGACGCAUCUGGUUGUGAAAAGGAUGUGAGACUGGGUGAACCCUUUACGACAGCCAUACCCAACCUGGUGCCCUUUGGAUGUUGCUGGACUCCACCUUGCAUCAGCCCUAACCAGCGUGGCCUGGGAGGAUGGGUGUUGGAGUCCAGCAAUGCCCGGAAGGCCAGAAAUUAACCACCUCUGUCCUGGAUAAUUGUGCUCGGGUUCAAGAUCUUCCACAAAUUCCUCUUUUUUAUUUUGCUUUGCAUUUGAAGUUCCUUCUUGCUCGUCCCUACAAUCCGGCUGCAUUGCGAGAAAGUCCUCUCUUGCUUAGAGAUGUCCGAUUGUCCAACCUGUGGCUCUCGUAACGCCUUCUCUUUACGCCGCAUUAAAAAAUUAUGCACGAUCUGUCGGAAGCUCUUGUGCUGAGAAAAGGUGCUCUCUUCUUAAGAGAGCUGAGGAGCGUGGCUCAGUGGUUAGAGCAUCUGCUGCGCGUGAAGAAGGUCCCAUCUUCAAUCCCCAGACAGGGCUGGGAACGUCCCCUGACUGAAAACCCGGAGAUCCAUCGCUGCCAGUCAGUGUAGACGCUAAGAGGUGUGCCAAUAGUAUACAGGAGCUUCCUGUGUUGCUGAGAUGUCCAACAGUCCUGUUUAGGGUGUAGGGUUACGUUUUUAAAAUAAAAUAUGUGUGUGUGUAUAUAUAUAUAUAUGCACAAUCUUCCUGACGAUAAGCACUUUGAGAUCUCGUUGAUUUCCAUGGGAGUCUUCUGCACAGCUCUUAGUCAAUGCCCAGCGAGAGUUUUGCUUCUCGGCGGCCGUGCCCAGCAUUUGCAGAGUCCCGAGGCCAGCACUGAGAUUGGCCCAGUGGUUAUCGGCCCUGCCGAGCUGGCUUCCGUUCCUCAAACGCAAAUCUUUCCACAGCCGGCUUUGUGGGUUUCUUUUUUUAAUUUUCGUCGUUGUUUGGGGAAGCCAGGUUGGGAUACGGCACAUGAGGAGGGCCGACCGAAAAUGACAAAAGGAGGAGAAGAAUUGCCCGACGGGUUUGUAACUGAAUUGAUUUGUUGCGGAGUCUUGCCUUGUCUCGAUUGAUGCUCAACCAAUGAAACAAAUAAAGAUUUGUUUUUCUUAGGAAAAAAAA